AUGGAACUUAAGGAACUUUGGGAAGAAUUUAAACGUUACUUUUAUUAUGGAACACUUUUCAUAGCAACUUAUACUCUCAUAUCCGACUAUACUUUUCUUUCGACAUUGAUUAAUUCAACAAGUGCGAUGUGUCAGGCAUUCACAAAUAAUACCCUAAUAAAUAAUAUUAUUCCUUGGGAAGAUGCAAACCUUUCGCGUUGGAACUCUACGAGUUUAUUUCGUUAUAAAUUUAAAUCAAGUAAUUAUGAUGAUUACAUAAUUGUCAUACCGGAUGUGAACAUGACCAUUUAUAAUCUAGAUUACUUUACAGUUAAUUAUGGCUCAUAUCAAAGUAGUUUUGGACUAGAUCAUUUUAAUUCUUACAGUGGUAUAGUAGGCACUGCAACCAUUAAUAACACGAAUAUGUCUAUUCCUCUCGUUAUUCCUGUUGCCACUGCCAAUAAUAAUAGCUUUUCGAAACAUACUAGUUAUUUAAUUAUUCGUGAAGGAUAUAAAAGCCCGAAAUCAAUAUGUCGGGCAUCGAUACCAAAUUGUUACGUAAAUGAUGUAAUAAACUUUCCCCUUAAUAAAAUUGAUAUAAAUACAUCGUCAACAGAUAAUUCCGUUGAGUUCUAUGACUUCGAUG